AUGAUACGUCGGAAGCAAUCCAUCAACGGCGAUUCCCUUCCACCGCAUGAAACACCCGAACAAAGAAAGCAGCGCUUUCUUUUAUCCACCGACCCAAAACAAGCCCGAGCCCACGAGAGGGACGAUGCCACCAAAAGAUUCCAGUAUUUGCUUGGAUUAAGUUCGUUGUUUCGUAAAUUUAUUGAUUUGAACGCAUCCAAGGACCCCGAGUUCAAACGAAGAAUCAGGGAAAUUGACAGCCAGCAUUUGUUUCAAGAGGCACCCAAGAAGCGAGGCAGGAAAGGUGGAUCACGCACGAGAAAGACCGAGAAGGAAGAAGACGCCGAGUUGUUGCAGGAUGAAGAACACCAAGACGACGAAGAUCAGCAGCACACUAUAUUGACAGAAUCGCCUUCAUACGUUCAAGGCGGGAAGUUGAGAGAAUACCAAAUCCAAGGGUUGAACUGGUUGAUCUCCCUUUAUGAAAAUAGACUAAGCGGGAUCCUUGCUGAUGAAAUGGGGCUAGGGAAGACAUUACAGACCAUUUCCUUUUUGGGUUACUUGAGAUACAUAAAACAUAUUGAUGGACCUUUUAUUGUCAUUGUCCCGAAAUCCACCUUGGAUAAUUGGAGACGAGAAUUCGCCAAAUGGACUCCUGACGUGAAUGUUGUGGUUUUACAAGGAAACAAAGAAGUUAGAACAGAAAUCAUACAAGAUAGAUUGCUUGCUUGUGACUUUGAUGUAUUGAUUACAUCUUACGAAAUGGUAAUCAGGGAGAAAUCCCAAUUAAAGAAAUUCAAAUGGGAAUAUAUUGUGGUUGACGAAGCCCACAGAAUUAAGAACGAAGAGAGUUCCCUUUCGCAAAUCAUUCGACUUUUCUAUUCCAGGAAUCGUCUCCUCAUCACCGGUACACCAUUACAAAACAACUUGCAUGAACUUUGGGCCCUUUUGAACUUCCUUUUGCCUGAUGUGUUUGGAGAUUCGGAACAAUUUGACGAUUAUUUCGACCAACAAAAAGAUUUAGACCAGGAUGAAAAAGAGCGUAAACAAGACCAAGCAGUUCAAGAUUUGCACCAGUUAUUAAGCCCCUUCUUACUUCGUCGUGUUAAAUCAGACGUGGAAACUUCAUUAUUACCUAAAAUUGAAACUAAUGUCUACAUUGGCAUGUCUGAGAUGCAAGUUGACUGGUAUAGAAAAUUGUUGGAAAAAGAUAUUGAUGCUGUUAAUGGAGUUGUCGGAAAACGUGAAGGUAAAACUCGACUUUUGAACAUUGUUAUGCAAUUGAGAAAAUGCUGUAAUCAUCCUUAUUUGUUUGAUGGUGCUGAGCCAGGACCUCCUUAUACUACUGAUGAACAUUUAGUUAACAAUUCUGGGAAGAUGAUCAUUCUUGACAAGAUGUUGAAAAAGUUUCAAGCUGAAGGAAGCCGAGUAUUGAUUUUCUCGCAAAUGUCGAGAUUGCUUGACAUUUUGGAGGAUUAUUGUAUAUUCCGAGAAUACCAAUACUGUCGGAUUGACGGAUCAACAUCACACGAAGAUAGGAUUGAUGCUAUUGACAAUUAUAACAUGCCCGAUUCUGAAAAGUUUAUCUUUUUACUUACCACAAGAGCCGGUGGAUUAGGUAUCAAUUUAACCAGUGCUGACAUUGUCAUUUUGUAUGAUUCUGAUUGGAAUCCGCAGGCUGAUUUACAAGCCAUGGAUCGUGCCCAUAGAAUCGGACAAAAGAAGCAAGUUAAAGUUUAUAGAUUUGUUACUGAAAACGCCAUUGAAGAAAAGGUUUUAGAGCGUGCUGCUCAGAAAUUGAGAUUGGACCAGUUGGUUAUUCAACAAGGUAGGAAUCUUAAUAACAACGCUAAUGUUGGUAGUACCAAGGAUGAUUUGAUUGGUAUGAUUCAACAUGGUGCUCGUGAUGUUUUUGAAAACAAGAAAGGAGCGACCAUGCUUGAUGAUGACAUUGAUGCAAUUUUACAAAAGGGGAUGGAAAAAACAGCAAAUCUUAAUGCCAAAUUUAAUAAGCUUGGUUUAGAGGAUUUGCAAAAUUUCACUUCGGAUUCGUCAGCUUAUGAAUGGAAUGGUCAUAAUUUCGCCAAGAGAGACAAUAAUGGUGGAUUGGGAUUCACUUGGAUUAAUCCAUCUAAACGUGAGCGUAAGGAACAAACUUAUUCUAUUGAUAAUUACUAUAAGGACGUGUUAAAGAAUCCACCUUCCUCGAAAGGUUCAUCCAAGCAGAGUCUGGCAAAACCUAGAGCUCCAAAAUCGUAUAAUGUACAUGAUCAUCAAUUCUUCCCUGAAGGACUCGAAGAAUUACUUGAGAAAGAACAAUUGGCAUACAAGAAGGAAAUCAAGUUCAAAUAUACCCUAGAUGAUUUUGGUGAUUCUGAUGAGGAAUUUCUUGCCGAAGAGUAUCGUGAUGAAUUAUCCCGUGAUGAAAAGCGAGAACGCGAGCAACAAAAGGUGAAUUCCGCCAAACCGUUAACUCCAGAAGAAGUUGAAUUAAAGGAUAAGCUUCUUCUGGAAAGUUUUCAUACUUGGUCUCGGAGAGAUUUCACCAAUUUUAUUCACGCAUCUGCCAAGUACGGCCGUAAUGAAUAUGACAAGAUUUCUACUGCACUUGGAAACAAAUCCAAAGAAGAAGUUGAACGAUAUGUCAAGGUAUUCUGGGAAAAGUAUAAGCAAAUCGAAGGUUAUGAGAAGUACAUCUCCCAAAUCGAAACCAUGGAAAAGAAGCGCGAGAAACUAAUCAAUCAACAAAAACUCCUUGCUAUCAAGAUGGAAAAUUUAGAAGAUCCCUUGCAAGAUUUGAAGAUUCAAUACCCUCCCAACAACUCGAAGCGAGUCUAUUCCAAAACUGAAGAUAAAUUCUUACUAUUCUGUGUUCACAAGUAUGGAUUAUCCGCCGAAGGACUCUAUGAGAAGAUCAAACUGGACAUUUCCGAUAGCGAUUUGUUUAAAUUCGAUUGGUAUAUCCAAUCCAGAACUCCUCAAGAAAUCGGUCGAAGAAUAAGUACGUUAUUACUAGCAAUCUCACGAGAAAUGGAUGGACCAUUACAUACAAAACGUAAGAGGCAACAACCAUCUAAUGCUAGUUCAAGAGCUGGAUCAGUGGAACCUCUAACCAAUGGAACCAUCAAGGACGAACCUCGCAAGAAGAAGAAAAUUGAAGAAAUAGUACAAUAA